AUGCUCUAUAUCUGUAACAGCACAAAGAUGCAGCAUGUCUAUCAGCCAAACAAGCAUUCAAAUCAGCACACGAUGGACGAAUUGCUAAUGACUGAGUUGUCUGCCGAGACGCUGGCAGCAUUGCAGGCGCAUCUUCUAGAGCAACAUCAACAAGAUGAAGAUGCUCCUGUGUCGGAGGAUUUUCGAUUAUCGCAAUUCUGGUAUGAUGAGAAAACUGGGCGUGCGUUGGCCCAGGAGGCCAUUGAUCACAGCAGUAAUGAACUUAAAAUUGCUUUUGUGAGCACCCCAGCGGCAUACCGUGAUUUUUUGAAGAUCCAGAGCGAGGAGAAGGACGAAGCCAAGCGCGCCGUCAUGGGCGACAACGUAUACCUUUUCGAGUUCGACCGUCGGUUUGGAGAGAAAUACGGCGACCAUUUUUGCUUCUACGACUACAAUGCACCAACAAAUUUGCCCGGGAAGUUUCAUCACUUCUUUGACUAUGUACUGAUGGAACCGCCGCAUCUAAGCCUCGACUGUUUGGCAAAAUUCUCCGAUACAAUGCGAUGGAUUGCCAAGGACGUGGAACUGGUACCCGGCAAGAAGGACCGCGUGAUUAAUCCGACCACAUUCAUUAACUCUCAAUUGCUGCGGAAGGAAAUGAAGGCUGACCUGGGCUUCACUCCCACUGGAUUCUAUCCGAGCUUUGAGUCAAAACUUUCCAACCAUCUUCUCACAUACACUAAUUACGAGUCGCAGCGGUUCGGACCUUGCAAGGAGCCCGAAGACGAGGAUGAUGACCCCAAGUAG